AUGUCCUCCGAGCAGGUUCCUCUUUCCGGUCUUCCGGCCAACACGCGCCCUGACAAGGCCAUCCGCAACAACGGCUCGGUCGAGCUGGCUCUGGAGCGCUGGCGCAUCGUUGAGCUGGCCCAGGGCUGGCCCAUGUACCGCGAUGCGCGUGAGUGGGAGAACUUCGGCUCGAUCUUCCACCCCGACGGUGCCUACGUAUACACCACCUGGACGGGCAAGACGCACAUCAACGACUUUAUCCAGGCCAGCAAGGCCAGCAUGGAGAAUGGCGCUUUCAUCAUGCACCGCAUCCACGGCACCUCGGUCGACAUCCUCGACAACCGUGCCAUCUGCAAGAUGAAGGCAACCAUCACCCAGCGCUUUUCGCUCGAUGGGAUCGAGGUGGACGCAGAGUCCGACUGCCGCUUCUGCUUCUUCUUUGAAAAGUUCACGGCUGCCGAUGGCACACCCAGCUGGGGUGCCAAGCUGGUGCGCCACUGGUACGAGAAGGACAAACUGAUUCCCGUCGACCCGCGCAAGGUGCCCGAGCUGGACGACGAGCUGCUGGCCACCUUCCCCAGUGGCUACCGCUACCUGGGCUACUGCCAGGAGAUUUCGAUGCAGGGCAAGACCGACACGCCCCUCAAGGUCAAGCGCGACAUGCCCGGUCACCGUGGUCCCGAGCACGACGCGCUGCUACGUGCUGCCAAGACAUGGCUCGAUGGCGGUGUGCCAGACGACCUCAAGUGA